AUGUCCAUCGAAAACCUCAAGUCCUUCGACCCCUUCGCCGAAGCUGACGAAGACGCCGGCGAGACUAAACAGUCUCAGAACUACAUCCAUAUACGGAUUCAGCAGCGCAAUGGUCGUAAGACUCUGACUACUGUUCAGGGUCUUCCCAAGAAGUUUGACCAGAAGAAGAUCUUGAAGGUCAUCAAGAAGAAAUUCGCUUGCAAUGGCACCAUCGUCGCUGACACUGAGAUGGGUGAGGUGAUUCAGCUUCAGGGAGAUCAGCGUAAGGAUGUCCAGGAGUUCUUGACCGACAAGAAGGAAGGCCUCGAGCUGGAUGCUAAGACCAUCAAGGUCCAUGGGUUCUAA